UAUUGACAACACUGUUUUAUAGGUGGUCGGCAUUUUUCUUUCUUGCUGCAAUUAAAGUGAAAAAAGUAUUAUUAAAUAAAUCUAAAGAAAGUAAUUUGCAAAUUAUCUGAAUAGUUUGUUGAAAAUGUCGUACGGCAAUCAAUCGAAUGCGCCAUGGCAGCGUAAUGUGAUGCAAGGUCAUCCACAAUCUGGCGGAUUUCAUCAGGGCACGCAAAUGUUUAUGCAAAAUGCACAGCAAAAUAACAUGGCGGCGUUCGGUCAUGGUGGCAUGCAAGGUGCUGGCAGUGGCAAUAUAUAUCCAGCUGGCGUGGGAAAUUCGGUUUCAUAUCCACAGCCUAGAAGUGGUUUAAAUCCAGUUGCUUUUCAACAAGGUGGUAACCCUCAGACGCAUAAUUCCAUCGGGACUGUUACGAAAAUGAGUAAUGAUUGUGGUCUCGUCAAUGAUGAGGUAUUUUUUUACCGCAAUGUUUGCAAGGGUCCAGAACCCAAACUGGGUGAUCGUGUCAUCUUUGAAGCCUCCUAUUCUAAUAAUGGGCAGUUUAAGUGGAAUGCCACUCGUGUUCAAUUAAUGCAACAACCCCAACCCCUGAUGGGUUCGAAUAAAGGAAGCUAUAGUUCUGUGGCACCGCCCAAUGAAUAUCAACGCGGACAGAUGCGUCGAAAUUCACCAAAACGUUCUCCCAUACGGGGAAGACAUGAACGAGAUCAUCGAGAAAGAGAUCGUUUACACCGUUCCCGUGAUAGGGAUGAGGCUGAACAUGAUCGCAAAAGAAGACGUGAAGAUCACGACCGUAGUCGUGAUCGUGUUGGCGCUGCCGCUGUUGAAGGACGUGGUAAUCAUGCUGCUCGUAAUGAAAAGGAACGAGAUCGUGGCGAAUCUAGAAAGAAGGAACGCGAAGUAGCAGAUCGUGAACGUGAAAGAGAAAGGGAAAAGGAGCGUCCUCGCGACACAGAAUUACAUCGUGCAGGUCCCAAAGGUCGUCGUACUAGAGCUAUAAAGCGCUAUAUGGUUCAAAUACCGAAAUCACUAUUAACUGUUAAAACUGCUAAUGUGCAAGAUUUGCGUCAACGUUACGCAAAUCUUUACAUUCCAUCAGAUUAUUUCCAUGCCAAUGUCAAAUGGUCGGACUCGUUUACACCCGACAAUCCAUUCUCGUUGCGACGCCCUUGCCAAUUUCAUAUAAUGUAUGAAAACGUUGAACCUCCAACGCAACAAAAUAUUGAUUUAUUAGAACCGGAGGACGCCAACUACUUGUAUUCGGCCAAAGUAAUGCUCAUGUCAUUGCCACCCAUUGCUGAAAUGUAUAAAAAGUGCUUUGAAAAUGAUGACGAUGACGUGCAUCACCGUGCAGUGCAUCCAUCGCGUUUAAUAAACUUUUUGGUAGGCGUAAAGGGUCGCGGUGGUCCAAUGGCCAUUGGUGGUCCUUGGUCACCAUCAUUGGAUGGUGAAAAUCCAGAUACAGAUCCAUCUGUACUAAUACGUACAGCCAUACGUACUUGCAAAGCUCUUACUGGUAUUGAUUUGUCCAAUUGUACCCAAUGGUAUCGUUUUGUGGAACUCUACUAUCAUCGCACUGAGUACAAAAAUAUGGAAAAAGAUGGACCACCUCGCGUAGAAACUGUUGUUAUUUAUUUGCCCGAUGUGCACUCAUGCAUGCCCAGCAUUGAAGAGUGGCAAACAUUGACCCAGGUUUACAAAGUUGCCGCCGAUGAUGUUAUUGCUCGCCGAACGGCUUUAGUCGCUGCUGCUGCGGCAAAUGCAACCGAAGACAACGACAAAACUACUGAUGUUGCGAUGGCAGACGACUCUACGUUGGCCGACGAUGGAGCUGAAGAAAACCCAGCUGACAACGAUGACUCUGCUUCAGUAAAUAAUGAUGAUGAAGAAGGAGAUGGAGAACACCAAGGCGAUGAAGAAGCAGAGGAAAAAAUGGAUGACUCGACAGCAUCGGCGGAUGUUAGUGGCACUGCAGCUGGUGAUGAAGAUACCGCUAAUGAGAUCGCAGAUAAGGGACACGUUGGCGAUGAAACUGCUGCGGCUGAAGCUGCAGACGAAAAUGUAACUGACCAAGAUGAACCAGCUCCGGAACCUACACAUUACUCGCUAUUGGAUUUAAAAAACAUGAAGGUUCAGGAAAUACGUGAUGAACUUUUGGCUCGCAAUUUGCCCGAUAAAGGUGUACGCAAUGUCGUUAUGGCCCGCUUAGCCAAGGCCUUAAAUACAGAAAAAUUCGAAGAAACUAGAAACAAGGGCAAAAGCAAACAUCAGCAGCAAUCGCCUCAAAAAUCGAUUGCUGGCAAAAACUUAAACGAUUCCAAUAGUAAAGCCAAGAAGGAUGAAGAAAAAAUGGACGUAGAUUCUGAGACAACACCUAAAGCCGCCGAUAAAAAACCCUCAGAGGCAAAUAAGAAGAAACCCGCAAAGAGGACCUCAGAUGUCAAUGCCAAAGGCAACGAUGGAAAAGCUAAAGGAAAAGCAAACGCCGACAAAAAGAUUGUUGCUAAAGUCAAAAAUGACAAAGAAGAUCAAGAAGAUUGGGCUGACAUUAUUGACUUUGAAUUAAGUGACAUUGUUAUACUCGAUGAAUACGAUUCGAGUAAAAAUCCCGAGGAAAAUGCCUUGAAGGAAAUGAGCGACAGAGAAAAGGCUCAACUUAUACGCCGCUACACUUUACCCUCCACUCCUCAUAUUGUGGUGCAUCCCAAUAGACAGGCUAAAGGUGGCAAAUUUGAUUGUGACAUCAUGUCUUUGUCUGUAUUAUUGGAUUAUCAUCAAGAUGAUGCUAAGGAGCGUUUCUUUGAGGUCUCAUUAUUUGCCUCACUCUUUAACGACAUGUUAAUGCGUGACUUUGCGUUUAACAUUUAUAAAGAAAUUUAUCUCUAUGAAGAAACCGCUGCAGCAAAUAACACCUGUGAGAUCACAGAAAUCAAGGCAGAAGACGAUGUUAAAAAGGAAAAAACCGAAACAACGGAUGAAGUUAAAAAGGAAACGACUACCAACAAGGAAAUCAAAGGAGAAACUAAAGAGAAGGAGGACGAAAAAGAAAAAUCUUCAAAGAAAGAAACCAAGUCAACCAGUGAAGACAAAUCCACCAAGGAUCAACAUAACGAUGAUUCACAAUCCAUUAAAUCCGAAUCGAGGAAACGUAAAAUGAGCACAUCCACCUCAACAGCUAAUGGCAAGGAGCACGAACUAUCCGUUAGCGACAAGAAAAUGGUGGUGGUCAAACCACAACUACUGCUCUCCUUUGUUUACUUCGAUACCACCCAUUGUGGUUACAUUUUCGAAAAGGAUUUAGAAGAGUUAUUUACAGUAUUGGGUUUGAAUCUUUCACGUUCACAAAUCAAAAAAGUGCUGGGAAAAUUGGCUACACGCCAAGCUAUUUACUAUCGAAAACUAACGGACAAGGAAGAAUCUUUGGAAUCCACACCCGCCAUUGAAGAUGUCGAUGAUUUACCAAUUGAAGAACUUCAACGUAUUGCUGCUGGCAAUAAUCAAUACGAGAAUAUAUUUGGCAGCAAUAAUAAUCAUAAUCAGGUAUCUGCUAUUGAAGGUGAUGAUAGCAAAGACGGACUAAUAAACUUCAAUGGUACUGUUGUGCAUGUGGGAAAAUUGAUAAGUCAAAUCAAUCGCACUGAAAAGAAUUAUUCGGAUUUGGAAAAACUCUACAAUGAUUUGCUUAAACAACACACUGAUUUACAGAAAGAUCACAACAAAUCGAGCACUAAGAUCAAGGAUUUGCAAUCAGAAAUCAAAAGUGUUUCUCGCAAACUAACAGAUGCCAAUCAAGAUUUCUAUUCCUUAAAUCGCAAAUACCGAGAUCAAAACGCCACUUUAUCCUAUAUUUACACAAGGGUUGCACCCUAUUUUGUACGAGAAAAGGAUAAGGACAAGGAUGCUAAAACAGAAGGAACUCGCGACAAAGACAAGGAUGAGAAGGAGAAGGAAAAGGAUAAGUCUAAAGAUAAAGAAUCUGAGGUAAAGACAAAGGAUGACAAAGAAAAGGAAACUCAGAAAGAUGACAAAGAAAAGGAAACUCAAAAAGAUGAUAAAGAAAAAGAAAAGUCUAAAGAUGACAAAGAAAAGGAUAAAGUAAAAGAUGACAAAGAAAAAGAGAAGGUUAAAGAUAACAAAGAAAAGGAGAAGGACGCUAAAAAAGAUGAAAAAGAGAAAGAGAAGCCCAAGGAGGAUAAAGAAAAAGAAAAACCAAAACCAAAAGACGACAAGGAGAAGGAGAAAACUAAAGACGAAAAAGAAAAGCCGAUAACAAAAACUGAUAAAGUCAACAAACCAAUGCCACAAAAGAAUAACAGUGAAAAACCUACGAAAGUCAAGGAGCCCACAACACCAGCUGCAAAAAAAGUAACCGAUUCAAAGCCCACUGGCAAAGCAGUAAAGAAAUCUGACACCGUUAGCUCUAAGAAGUAGAAGUUUAAUUAAUUCUAAUUUUAAAAUAAAAUUCAUUCAUUCAACAAAACACACAAUAAAUAAUAAUACAUUUGUUUAUGUAAAGAAAAACAUGUAUCAGAUUAAUUUCACAAAUAAAUAAAGAUACAUAUGUAUUCAAAUUGAAAAUACAA